CUUCCGGCGUGGCGCCCGCUUUCCGAAGAGAAACGCCGGGAACGCGUAGGAAAGGGUCCGGGCGGCUCUCCUGCACCAGAGGCGAGAGCGCCGGAAGUGGCUUCCGGUCGGAAGAGGCUGAAAAGCGGACUCGGCGCCGGAUGUUGCUGUCCGGUCUGAGCGGGGUCUUCGCCGUCGGGUAGGCGGGUCGCGCAGGCGCAGAGAGUCUGGGCCACGCCGCUCGAGGGAGCCUCAGAGUGGGAUGCGGUGAGGCCCCUGCGGGACCAUGGCAGCAGCCGACGAGUUGGCCUUCCACGAGUUCGAGGAAGCCUCCAAUUUGCUGGCUGAGACCCCGGAUGCGGCCACUAUUGGCGGAAGCGGUCAGCUGACCCCGCAGGGGCAUGUGGCUGUGACUGUGGACUCAGGCGGGAGCAAUGGAGCGGAGGAAGAGGGCGAGGAGAGUGACAGGACGGCGCUCUUGCAGGAGAAGCCGCAGCCCGGACUCUGGACCUUUGGCUACUACCAGACUUUCUUUGACGUGGACACAUCCCAGGUCCUGAACCGAAUCAAAGGCUCACUGCUGCCCUGGCCUGGCCACAACUUUGUACGGCACCAUCUGCGCAAUCGGCCAGACCUGUACGGCCCCUUCUGGAUCUGUGCCACGCUGGCCUUCGUCCUGGCCGUCACUGGCAACCUGACGCUGGUGCUGGCCCAGAGGAGGGACCCCUCCAUCCAUUACAGCCCCCAGUUCCACAAGGUGACCGUGGCCAGCGUCACCAUCUACUGCUAUGUCUGGCUGGUGCCGCUGGCGCUGUGGGGCUUCCUGCGGUGGCGGAAGCGUGUCCGGGAGCGCGUGGGGCCGUACACCUUCCUGGAGACCGUGUGUGUCUACGGCUACUCGCUCUUCGUCUUCAUCCCCACCGUGGUCCUGUGGCUCAUCCCCGUCCCGUGGCUGCAGUGGCUGUUCGGGGCGCUGGCCCUGGCCCUGUCGGCUGCUAGCCUGGUGUUCGCCUUCUGGCCUGUCGUCCGCGAGGACACCCGCUUGGUGGCCGCCGUGCUGCUCUCCACGGUCGUGCUGCUCCACGCCCUUCUGGCCACGGGCUGUAAGUUUUACUUCUUCCAGCCGCUGCCCCUGGCGCCUCUACCCCAGGCCACGUCUCUGCCCCCGAACCUGCCGCCGCCCACCCUGAGGCCCCAGGUGACCUAGGAAGGCCCGAGCUGCUGGCCCACCCAGAGGGGACGCCUCUGCCUUCCCCGCCCCUCACACGAGGACUGACGGCUCCCUUGACCCCUCAAGGUCACGCUGCUGCUUUCCAGACUUUUCUUACAAAGCAAACACUUUUAUUUUCUAUGCAAAGGUGAAUCAGAGAAUUUAUAUAAAGGAGGGAAAGGGACAGCCGAGCAGGGAGUUGACGAGGUGGCCGUCACCCCGAGCUGCCCGCUAGGCCUCUGCUUUCCCUGGGGGGGUGGGGGGAGGACGGGGAACAGCCGGGAGAGCCCAGGGGGCCACCCCCACCUCCGCUUCGCCUGCCCUUCCCAGGGGGGCCCGGUCAGCAGGUCCUGGGGCCUCUGCGCCUGAGCUCCACCACGGCCAGCUUGGGGCUGUUAGAAAUGGGGCGGGGGAGCAGAAGAAGAUGGCCUGUGCUGAAACAUACAUUUCCUCGUUUAUUUUCCGUUUUAGUGGGGGCGGGGGUGGGGAGAGGUCCCUGCAAGGCCCCUUCCCAGGCCGGGAGGGACCACAAUGCCAUCAUAGUCAUAGGGACUGGAGCGUCUACAAACGUGGAGGGAAACACACAGGCCUACGUGAGCUACGAGGGAGAAGGACGCCUUCCACGACAGAGCCUCGAGGGCGCUCGGGUCUGCCCCUUCCCUCCAGGCCCAGGGCCUACGGGGCCACCUGCUCUAGCGCUUGGUAGGGGUGGGGGAGGGGACCUGCAGGGGCUCAGGGGCAGGACAGCAGCAAGAGGCAGGGGCCAAGGACGGAGGGCCUUCCCGACAGCCGGGGUGGGUUGUACAUUCAAGUGUGAGGUGAACCCUUUGGUGGGAGGGCCAGGCCUCGGGUCUCCAGAGGCCUGGCCCUGCCCCUAUCCCGAAGCCACGGCAGGGCUGCCCCUCACCCCUGCGCCUUUGGGCCGGAGGAAGGGGCUGCUGGCUCGGCCCGGCCGGCCUGGUUCCUCAGAGGGUCUGUGGAUUGACACUGGUUCUUCUCGUAAAAAAAUAAAAUUAAAAAAAGCAGCAUGUCA